AUGUCCGACCCUCGUUCCGAGCUGAGGUCUACGCUGCGUGACCUGGCAAUUGGGGACAAAGGCCCAGUCCCCGACAUCCCCCGCCCAAACAUGAGAGCAACGGCGGCCGUAGGCGCCCCAACCUCCGCGCCCAGCAAGCCAAAGAAGACCCCCAAGACCGUUGCAGAUUCCUGGGAAGACGAGGCCGAUCUUUCAGACGAAGCACUCGGGCCUGAAUCCGCUGCGUCCCCUUCGGUACUUUCGCCCACCCUGAGUCUUGAAGGCCCGUUGGAUCCUCCGCCAACGCCAAUCUCGCCGCAGACGUCGCAAGUGGCGCAGCCAUGGACUUCGAACGCGGCUGCUUCUACCACGGGGCAGGGGUCUGCUCGCCGGCCCGAGAAGCAGACCGCAGUCGCUGGCCGGCUCAUUGCGGGAGCGUUGGGCAUCCGCGCGCCCAAGCGGACGGAGGAGCAGCGCGCGUACGACCGGUCUGUCAAAGAGCAGGAAAUCAAGCGCCGGAACCGUGAAAAGGAGGAAGAGGCAAAGGCGAAGGAAGCAGAGGAGCGAGCCAAGGCGUCUGUCUGGACGGACUAG